CUAAAAUUACAAGUGUUUUCUGUUUUGGCAUGACAUAGUAGCUAUUGCAAGAAAUCUAUUUUUCUGUAUUUUACAAAAUUUAAAUGUAAAUUCCUCUAGUAAAAGUAAAUAAUUUUUAUUCAACUAGGAUAUUUUGUUAUCAUUAGUUUUUAAUCUUUUCAUAAUAUGAAAUGUAAUCUGUUGACAGCUCUCAUACACCUUUUUAUAACCUAACUUCGGCUAAGAUUUGUUUGUAACCAAAGUUUUCAAAAUGUCAUUUUCUGGAGCUAGUUUCUUAAAAAAUCCAUCAGCCCUGGAGCAAUUACUUGAAGAAAUAAAUUUUCAAAGAACAAAAGAAAUGAGACAGCUACUUAAAGAUGAUUCAGGAUUUGUGGUGCUACAAGGCUCUUCGUAUUGGACUGAUUUGUUCGUUCGCCAUUUCCUUUUCCAAGCAGAGCACUGUAUAGAUGCUGACGACCUUCUUUUCUUUGUUAGAAAAAAACAUAUUAAGGGAACUUCAAGAUAUCUCCCAAAAUUUGAGACUGAAGUUGAUGUUUAUAGAAAAGACAGUAGAAAACUACCAAUAGGUGAUCCAGACAUGGACUGGGAAGAAACUGUAUUUCUAAAUCUAAUAAUCCAUCAAUUUGAUUAUACUUUAACUCUAGCAAUUUGUACUCGUACCUCACCAAAGCAACUACAAGUUCUAAGGAGGCACUCUCAGAAAGUCUAUGCGUCUCCUAGUAGAAGAAGGAUGGAUACCAAGGGAGAAGUAGAAGAAAUGACAUAUCCUUAUGUUUGUUUCAUGGUAGACAAUUUCAACGAGGUGUUCUCUGACAUCAUGGUGCGUGAUGGGGAAAUGGUGUGUGUUGAGCUGGUCGCUUCGGACCGCUCCGGUGACAUUCAGUCCGUCAUUUUCCUCGGCUCUAUACGAUAUGAUGCUCUGAAGAGGGUGUAUGAUGCUAGAGCAAGCAUGAGUAGUAAGGUUGCUCAUAGAAUGACCUUCGGCCUAUUCUCCAACUCUUCAACCCAAAGAGUGGAGUUUGUAAGAAUGAAAGGACCCCAAGGAAAAGGCCAUGCAGAAAUGGCUGUGACUAAGCCAAAAGGAUGUGGCGCGGAAACUCCGACCUCGGAGCCUGGCUACUGCGCCACCGACAUGUGGGACUCCGACUGGGACGAGGACCCUGAGGAAUUCUUCAUCUACAGGCAUCAAAGACGUUUGAGUGAUCCGAGUGCCAACCUGAACAACUUUGUGAGAGGAGGCUGGCGAACAAAGGCAGACAUGACAGGAAUGUCGAACAGAGCUAGGUCUGAGAACGAGGGCCUCGAUCACAUGGCAGACGGCAUGGCCGAAGUCGAAGCCGGAGAUGUGCGCGAUGAUUGUACGCGGGUCCAUUUAGCUUCUUCUUCUUCUUCCACUACUUGCUGUACCACUUCUCGUUGUGUUUGUCACGAUCAUUGCAUGGGCAUGAAACCACAAGAGCAGGUUGCCGACGCGUCGGACAGCGAUGAGGACGAGUUCCACGACUGCCUGUCGACGUCCAGCUGGGAGGGCACCGACCUGGAGGUGGGCGUCGAUGUCACUGCGUCCAGUGUCCAGGUCGCCGCCGAUUCGCCACCCAAACCCAAGUACAAGUACUCGACCAAUUCGUUGCCAAAAAACAUAAAAGACUUCAAGAACCAGCGCAUGCAGUGGCUGAAUAAACAGUAUGUGGCUCCCGCCCAGAAGAUGGCCUCUGAUGGCACCACCAUCACCUACUGGUGCGAUGUGGGCGGCCGAAAGGCGUUCGCUCGGCGGAGCCUUACUGAACUUGAUGAUGGAGCCUACAAUCCACUGUGGACUAUGCGUGGUUUCACGCAGACAUUUCACUUCUGGAAGGAAAACAAGAGAGCGCAGUCAGUUCCAUUGAAUGCAUUCCUAACAUAUGUUACGUUACCAUGGGGGAGCAUUAUUAAAGAUAUUCUAGAUCACAGAGAAGAACCAAUCCUAACGUUUUAGUAACAACUGCUCACUAAAAAUAACAUUGAUUAUUCUGUUGCUAAAGCAGAAUAUGACGUAAUUGAAACACCACGUUUGUAAUUUGACCUUGACGAAUAUCGAGAAACCUUGUGUACCUUAAAAAUUAUUCAUCUUGAAGGUAGAAUGUUGAACACUUUUAAUCUAUAAACAAUCUCCCAUUAUAAUGUGGAGAGCAUACUGCUGUUAUAGUCAGUGAAUGAAUCAUACCAUGUCAACUGGCUUAGAUCUUAAGGUGGUUCAAUGCAAUCAUUUUAUAAAUGUGUGGCUUCGAAAUUUAUAGCUCCAAGUUUACUCUAUUAUUCGAUCAAUUUCUACUGUGAUUGUCCUAUUGAAGUACCAUAUUUUCUCCUUCAAAAUUUCAAUUUGUUCAAAUUUCAAAUAAGGUUUAAUACAUUUUUUUUUUGAAAUUUUAGAACAAUUCUUUGCAAUUGCAAAUUGCAACGCAAAAGAAGCUUAAUUUAAUUUAUCCUGUUGGCCAAGCUGGCCUUUCUUAUCAUAUUUUUCAUUUAUUGGUUGAGGCAAACGCCUAGGUACAAUACUAUUAUCAUUUUAAGAAAAUUAGUGUUGAAUUUGAGAAUUCAGUUUCAGUUUUGAAUAAUUGUUUGAAACAUAUUUUACGUAGCAUUAUUUGACCUCUUAGAAUAUUCUAUUGUACCGUUGUUUUACGAGAUAUAUUAUAUACUCCACCAAAACUCCUUACCCUAACAUUCAAUUUAAUUAAUUUGUUUUUCCAAUGAGGGAGUUGGAACAGAUAUUCUAUAGUGAGGUCCACGUUAUAAUGAGAGUAUUAGAUCAACUUUGGUUCUGCUUUCCUUUUCUAUCAUUCGACAAAGCCGGUGGUACUAUCCUUUUCUAGGUCCACAACGAUGCCAAUUAUGUUUUUGACAGUGUAGAAAUAUAAUUAAUUAAUUCAGAGAAUUGGCAUCGCUAUUCUCCUAUCUUAAUCCACUGCCAUUAUAACGUGGACCUCACUAUAAAUAUUUAUGUGAAAGAACAAAUUAUACUUUUCUGUGAUUGAGUUAGAAAUCUAUUCUAUAUGAUAAAUAAGCUAGUCAUAUUUUUUGUAAACUCCAAUUUGAAGAAUAUGAGUAUAAAACGUUUAGUAAUGAUAGAAGAAUGUAGGUUCUAUCAGCACAAAUAAUUCUAUAAUUUUUAAUUUGUAUUUACAACACUAGAGUUGGAAAGUUCAUGGAUUUGGUCUCUAAGAAACCCGUGAAUCAGUAGAUUACAUAAGAUUUUGUGUGAUUUGAUACUACUCAGGUGAGUUGUUGGAAUAUUGCCCAAUAGCAAUUCCCGUGGUUUAUAGCAGUUAACCAGUGAAAUGUCCAUUUGAUAUGUUUGUUCAAUCAACUGCACUUCUAGAAGGCCCCUAGUUUUCAUUGUUUCAAAUAGCAGCUAGUGGCCAACUCCUGGUGCAGCAUCUAUAGCAUAAUUAAAUGAAAAAAAAAUGAAAAAAAUCUUCACCUAUUUUCAUCUUUAAAUACGUUAUUGUAUGAAUCAUUAUUCAAGAGUAUUCUUAAGUAGGCCUUUGCCUAAGAAACUUGGCAUUCUUAUUGAAAUGGUUGCGCAGGCCUACUAGUUUUGAAUUGCUUGCAAGAUAGAUUCUCCAUAUUUUUUACCUAAUUUAGGGAGUAUUGUUAUACAACCGCACCAUAGCUCAUCAUACUGUUUCUUUUAAUAAUAAAUAAAUAAUAAAAUAAAUUAAAGAUCAACUCCAUGAGAUUUCCAAUUAUAUCACUAUUUUGUUCAAAGAAAAUAUGUAAUAUGUAACAUUUUAUCCUUGAACGUUUAUACAGAAUUAUUACAAUUCUGAACUGGAAUGAAAAAUAUCAACUACUUAGAAUUAUAUCAAUAAUUUAAAUAUCAAUUAUUUUAAUCUAAAAUCAACUGAAUUUGUCGAAACUCGAUAACAUUUCAAUGAGUGUCUUUCUCAGAUAGUUUCUAAUUUAAAAUGUGAUUCACAAUAUUUAUCUUUAAGAUUUAUUGCAAGAAUGAACUGUAGCCCCAAAUUUUGAUAUUUGUCUGUUAAAACCCAAAGAAGUUAACCUAUCUAUGAUAUUUAAUAUUGUUAUCUUUUCUAAUAACUUUAUCCUAAUAAUAGUUAUUGCUACAUUGUAUUGAUGGUCUUGUUCUUUGUGAGUGUGCCAGUGAGUUUUAUAAAGUUACUCGUCAUAUGUGUAAAAUUAAUAAUAUUCCGUUAAAAGCAGAUAAAAUUAUUUUACAGCGACUUCAAUGUACUUGCAAACGAUUACAGAAAUUAUCUGUUGUUGAUGUACAUUUACAGUGAUUUUUAUUGUUUUACAUACAUUUUGUAAGAACUCGUCAUGUUUAUUCUAAGUUGUGAUAUUAAUAAUGGUAUAUAAUAAACAUAUAUAU